AUGAUAGGGCAAUUGAGUUUGGUGGUAACGCUUUGGAAAUAUGUGGAGACGGCAGAUGCAGGAAGCCCGUUAUAUUCGAUUCUUCCAUCGAACUCACCUCUUUUUGAUCAGGGAUUUGUAGGCCCCAUGCCUCAGGUUCAGACGAUCAGUGCUCCUUCAAGUAAGCCAGGGCAACUGCUAUCGUUUGCGCCUGAUGGAGGGGUUGGGCAGCAGAUGGGGAUAUCUCCCUUAGCUCUUCAGCCUCCGGGAAACAUUCAGUACGCAAAUGUCUGUGAUAUGUCUGAGAAAAAAGAACAGCUUAAGAAGUGUUUGUCUGAACAGCUCGAGAAGUUCAAGAACAUAUUAGAGAAUUGCAGGAAAACACUUGGGGAAAAUGCCAAGGAAUGCUGUAUUGAUCAGAAAUGUCUUGAUGUGCUCAACGGAGGGAACGCCUCCUGUAACGAAGAAGAUGGUGAAAAGAGUUGUAAAGACAAAAAAUGCCAGGACAAGAUUGCAAAUGAGAUCUUGAAGAACCUCAAUAUGGACCAAUUGAAGGAUUCCUUGCUAAACUCUCUUAAGGGAAGCUUGAAGAAGAUAGGAAACAAGCUUGGAAGCCUGACCUCAUGUGCUAGGGGGGAAGAAGGUUGUAAUGAAGAGAAUGGUAUAUCUUCUCUUGGAGCCGGAAAGGGAAUUCCGCCUGGGGUGCUAAUAUAUCCCAUAGAACAGAGCAAAUACGAAGCCAUAACCAACAUCCUAGACCGGCAGGAGAAGUCUUCUCGCCAGGGAGGCGAAGAGUCUGAGGAGAUGCAAGGAAAUCCCAGUGGACCUUAUAAUAAAGGUCCUUCAGAGAGCUGGGACAAGCAGCGCCGGCCAAGGCGAGGAAGAAGGAGAGGAAGAUCCAGAAGAUACAAGGAGGAUGCCUCAAGUGAAUGGAAGGGAGGGGAAGACAACCAAGGUUCUGGGCCUCAUUCGUCGGAAAUGGCAGAGAUGUCGUGCACAAAGGAGAUGUGUGCAGACAUGGAUAGAUAUGAUUCUCCAAGCAUGAAGGAAGAAUGCAUCAAUUACUGCAAGGACUACAGAAGGAAAAAAGGCAUGAAAGCCGACGACGAUGAAAAGGAAGAGACCAGCGAAUUGACAAGCGAUUCAUGUUACGAUGAAAAAAAGUAA